CGUUUCGCUCGUUCGAUCGGUUCGCUUCGACUCGUUUCUUCGUGUUUUGAGUUUCGCAGCACGCGCGCAAUUCCUAAAUACAUUUAAAAAAAAGACUACACCAGAGUAGUAAACACGCCUUUUGGAUUAAUUCACCAUAUACUAAUAACAACGUUGGGCAAUUAAGGAAGUAAUUUGUGGCCGAAGUUGUUGUUGUUGCUGCUGUUGUCGUUGCAAGAUCAUCAGCCACCAGCGUCAUGAAUGCAACCACAUGAAACGUCGGCUGUUGAAGCGUCAACAGCAAUUGCCAUAAUUGCCAUUGGAGCAGCAAAACAUACACUAAACACACACUCCUCACACACACACACCAACACACAUACACACACCCCAGAGCUGCAGGCAAGGAGUCCAAUAACCGCACCACCACCAGCAACUGGAAACUCGCCACACGAGCUUUUCGCGGCAGGCACAAAACCGAUAUCCAAACGGCUCCUUCAACUGAAUUGUAACAGCAUCGAGUACCGAGCGUGGAGCGUGCAGCAAACGGGCGCCGGAAAAUCCCCAAAGCCAAAAAAAAAAAUUGUACAACAACAAUAUAAAAACCAGUGGAGUGGGGAUCAAUGAACGCGGCACGCAGUAGUUGCCAGCAACAACAACAGCAACAAAAAGCGCAGCAGCAUAAGAAAAGCGAAACGUGCCAGCAAAUCGUUUGGCAACGUUCAAGUUCAAAAUCGCCAUAACAACAGCAACAACAACAACAACAACAAUUGGAGGCUGCAACUGCAACAAGCAGGAAGUUGGACAGCUGCACCUUAAUUGGGAUCAGUGUCAUUACCACGAUACCGACAACAACAACAACAACAACAACAACAGCAUCCACACGGCAGGCUCAUCUACCCGCUCAAUGUAAAAUGUUAGUGGCCAACAAGCACAACGAUAACAACAACAGCAGCAGCAGCAACAACAACAGUAACAGUUGGCACAGCAGCUGGACUCGCCUGAAAUACUGCCUGCUCAUUAGUUGCCUGCUCCAUUAUGCUGGCCACGCCCACGCAUCUGCGCCCACAUCGACGGCAACCACAGCGCUGCUAUCGGGUCAACAUUUGGCACCGUGGCAGACAACAGCUCCAUUUGCUGGAGCAACUGCAGCACCCACAGCGCGUAAUCUGUAUGCGCCAUAUCAGACAUUCAGCCGGCACGACGAUAUCAGCUUUAAGGAUGUGCGCCAACGCAACGAUGGCACCGUAGUGCAAUCCUUUGGUUCCUAUCGCACAGCGCGACAAUCGUCAGCGCAGCGUCGCUCCGAUGUGGAGAUCAUACCCGCACCAAGUGUGGAGCUGCCCCAGAGUGAUCUGAUAACGAUACCCAAGCAGCUGGUGCCAACGAUGCCCGAGAAUGUGACGCGUCAUGGACGCCAACGCAACUAUAUGUACAUUCCGCUGCAGACGGAGUCGGCGUCGGGCAGUGCUGCACCGCUGCUACAGCUGCGACCCAGUCGAAAUGCGACACUCUCAGCGCUGGGACCGCCCGCCGAGGGCGUCGCAGCAGUGGCGCAUGAGUUCAGUGCCGAGCUGGCGGCCCAUGUGGGGCAGCUGCAGCAAAUGCAACCGGAACGCACGGAGCGUAGUGAUCUGGUCGCUGCAGCCAGCUCGACAGACAAGCUGGAAUAUGCUGAGCCGGAGAAUACGAGUCGUCGUGUGGGCUUUCAGUUUCCCAGCUACAGUCUGAAGCCGUCUAAUCCCUUCUACCCGCAAGGCUAUCGCGAGGACAGCCCCAUCCUUGACGAAAGUAGCUACGCGUCGCAAGCAUACAGCGAGGAUGCGGCUCCCACGCAAUAUGAGCAGGAGACGCGACAUACGCGUCAACUGUACUUCGACUCGGAAGUCUCGCCCAGCUCCAGCUUUGAGUUUCCAGGCCUGGUGGCCAACUCAAAGCCACAUACUCUAAAUGCAGCUGUUGCAGCAGGCAAACUUUAUCGCGAUGAUGUCACCAAAUUUGGAGACAUUAAUGGACCCAUCACGGCGCUGCCGCAGCGACUGCAGCGCGGACUCUACUUUGGCGAUACCGAAUUCCGAACGGGACCGAGUCCCAUUCGGCAGUUUGGGCCGCAGAAGGCAUUCACUGAGUAUGUGGGUCCAUCAGACUAUCAGAGCUCCCGCAAGAGUCGCUAUUUUCCGUACAAAUCAUCACGCAGUCCGCGAGUUGUGUUUCCCAGCAACGAUAACGUUGGCACCACAGGACCAAGUGGUUCCGGUGGACCCUCUGGGACUGGUGUCUACUUCAGCGACAACAUUGCUUUUAGAGAUCAAAACUUUGGCAUUAAUGAACUUGCUGCCGUUCAGGAUGUACGCAAUGAUUAUAGUCUACAGGAUCUGGAUAGCGCCUCGGAGGCCACCAGCAGUCCACAAUCAGCGAGCACAUUCAAGGAGAAGGUCGACAUCACAACGGACAUGGAGUGUCAGCAUCGCGGCGGUACUUGCGAGUUCUUUUUAGGCUGCUGGCUAUCCGGCGGCCUCAUACAAGGCACCUGCAAUGGAUUGCUGCGCGGCUGUUGCCAUCGCACCGCCAAAUCGGCAAAUUUACGAAGCUCGGACUAUAUGGGCAAUACGGUCGAUCUGACCGAUCUACCGAUAAAGAACUACGGACCGGUCAACAACGAACCCAGUUGCGGCAUCUCACUGGCAAAGCAGACCGCCCAGCGUCGAAUUGUUGGCGGCGAUGAUGCCGGCUUUGGCUCGUUUCCUUGGCAGGCCUACAUACGCAUCGGCUCCUCCAGAUGCGGUGGCUCGCUGAUCUCGCGUCGUCACGUCGUCACUGCUGGUCAUUGUGUGGCACGUGCCACGCCCCGUCAGGUGCACGUUACACUGGGCGAUUAUGUCAUCAAUUCGGCAGUGGAACCGCUACCCGCCUACACAUUCGGAGUGCGGCGCAUCGAUGUACAUCCGUAUUUCAAGUUUACGCCCCAAGCGGAUCGCUUUGAUGUCUCCGUUUUAACGCUGGAGCGAACAGUGCACUUUAUGCCGCAUAUAGCGCCCAUUUGUCUGCCGGAGAAGAACGAGGACUUUUUAGGAAAAUAUGGAUGGGCUGCUGGCUGGGGCGCUUUAAAUCCCGGCUCCCGUCUGCGACCCAAGACACUGCAAGCCGUUGAUGUGCCAGUGAUUGAGAAUCGCAUCUGCGAGCGCUGGCAUCGACAGAACGGCAUCAAUGUGGUCAUCUACCAGGAGAUGCUGUGCGCCGGUUAUCGAAAUGGCGGCAAGGAUUCGUGCCAGGGCGACUCGGGUGGUCCGCUGAUGCAUGAGAAAAAUGGCCGCUGGUAUUUGAUAGGCGUCGUUUCGGCGGGCUACUCCUGCGCCUCACGUGGUCAGCCGGGCAUUUAUCAUCGCCUGGCAUAUACGGUGGACUGGAUAUCCUAUGUAGUUGGCCUGACAGCCAAUAUUUAAGCUAUGCUAAUUCUGUCUUAUUUAUUCUUAACCCAACGCUUCAUAUCCAGCUUACAACUUGCCCCCAAAAUGGGCGAAAACAUUUUGUACAUAAUUUACUUCCCCCAGCUUUGACUUCUAUCGAUUCUCGCGUUCUUUUACUUU